AAGUUUCCUGCAUUAGAGACCCCUGGCUCACAGCACAGUCUGGCUCCAUCCCCGGCAGCAUGAAGACACCUCUCCUCUUCUGCCUCUUCUCGGCCCUGCUGGACACAGGGACCUGUGUUUCGUGCGAGGUUUGCUUCAGCACAAAUGACAGCUGUACGGGCGGUGUGCAAGUCUGCAGUGAGCGAAUGGAUUCCUGUGGGAUCAUUAAAACAGAAACCGUAGCAGGCAAGAUUAAGAGUCCUACCUUUAUCAAGGCCUGCAUGUCCUCCAAGCAGUGUGGCCUCAGUCCUCUUUACAUGACUUUUGGGAACGGGAUAUCCAUGAGCACGAACAUCGCCUGCUGUGUGGGGCAGGCCUGUAAAACAGCCUCCGUUACCGUGCCCCCGGCUGACACCACCCUGAACGGCCUGCGCUGCCCAGCCUGCUACUCGGUGUUUACCCAUCACUGCAGCGAAGAGAUCAUCGACUGCACAGGAGCCCAGACCCAGUGCAUCCACAUCAGCGGCACCGUGAAAAGCGGUGGGACAACCGUGCACACCACCAUGAAAGGCUGCGCCACCGAAUCUGACUGCACCAAUAUACAAAAGUUCGAAGGGACCUUUGCAGAGUUCAAUAUGGAUUACAGCAAGGCCGAAUGCAGACCAGCCUUCCGUGCGACCAGCAUGGCUCCAGAACCAGCCAGACUUGUCCUCCCAGGCCUCGUUACCGUCCUGCUGGCGAACGUCCUCUCGUGAUCCCCAUGCCCACGUCCCAGCCAUGUGGCCCUAUAUAACCACACCGCAGGUGGCAGGCGGGCGCACCCCUGCUAAAGGCUCCCACGCUCAGCUCAGAUUCACUUCCCCUUUAGUGGCAUUAACGGAAUAAAACAGACAAGAGAAAA